AUGAUGCCUAAGAAACACGAUUUAUCCCAAAAUGUUGUUGAUGGGGAAGAAAAUGUUAAACAGUCAUUUUAUCAACUGACGAUACGGUUAAUGGUAUGGAUAUUACGAUUACUAGCAUUUAUUUGUGUCUUAGGAAUAUUUUGCAUCAUUGCAUUAAUUGAAUCUCACACUGACAAUCGUCCAGUAAACCAAACAUUCGCGAUGGUCGAUGCUGGUUUUCGGCUAACACAACCAGUGCACAGUUACCUCCAUGAUCAUCAGAACUUACAUCACUGCUUGGCAUUGAUCAAUACACUCGGGAUCUAUUUCUUAAUUUUAUACUCGAUUGUAUACAUUGGUUUUUGUCAAGGUCGGCCAGGAAUGGUCGUGGUUGAAAUCGGUAUGUUUACUCUACGACUUGUCUGUGGAUGGCUAACCCAAUCACCGUAUUCUCCUGAGUAUCUUCCAAGUAGUGUUGACUUUCCUGAUUCGAUCAUCAACCGAUUUCAUGAUUCGAUGACAAGUCAACCGCAUCGACAUGUUAGCUUCUUCUUCUUCUUCAGUGGACAUGUUUCUCUUCUCGCUCUCUUUCGAACUUAUUUCAAACGAAUCGGUCGACGUUGGGAAUCGUUUGCAUGUGACAUAUUCAAUCUAUUACAGAUUAUACGAUUGCUUGGAACACGAGGGCACUAUACAAUUGACCUGAUUGGCGGUGCAUUCAUCGGAAACUAUAUGUACAGUUUUGUACCGGAUGUUGAUCGAUAUCUAGCAUCGUUUAUGUACGUGAAACAUUUAAUGAAACGAGAAAAAAAUAAAGUCAAUUGA